AUGGCGCGUGGUCAUCAAAAAGCCUUGUCUCAACAAAAGAAUCAAUCUAAGCAACAACAGCUGAAGAAAAGUACGGGGAUCAAUCAGAAGGCGGCUGCAGCUAAAGCGCUCACAUAUAAGUGCACUGUUUGCAUGGCAACUAUGCCGGAUCCAAAGACGUAUAAGCAGCAUUUUGAAUCGAAGCAUCCUAAGGUUACAACUCAAAAUAUAAACAUAAAAUUUAAAAUUCAGAGCCCCUUGCCACCAGAACUUGUUGCUGAUGAGUUAUAA